UUGGUCGUGGAGGUCAUUCUGGACACGGUCAAACAUCUGUACCAAGAUGGAGGGCAAGGUGCUGGUCAUCAUCAAUCUUUCUCGUCAUAUGAAGAAGAAGUUCAACCGGACAUCCCCAACCAAGCACAGUACAACUUCCUGACAGGCAGCGGUAGUUUUCACAACUACCAUUAUGGAGCUGAUGAAGGUGCCUUUCAUGAGCAGGAUCAGACGGAGGCUGCCACACCAGGACCAGUCAGCGACCCCUCUGAUGAAGAAGGAGAGAACAACGUCAGUGUAGACAGCUCAGACCCUCUUGAAGGUGCUGAUGAUUCAGCACCAGAUUCGGAUUCAGAUAAUGACCAUGAUGUGGCUCCUAACCGUGUACCAGUCCCCUACUACAAUCACAUUCCAGACGAAAAUUGGAUGGUCGACAGCGACAUGGAGCCG